GCGCGUCUCGUUGCUAACCGGAAGCGGAACCAAACUACUUCCUGGUUCAGAAGAUCAACGCUUUUACACGUGAAUUAAUAAGUUGUUCAAAACGGAUUCUGAUGAGGAAGUGAUCUUUAUUUCUGAAAGGACUCCAUCAACAUCUAGCAAGAUUGCUAUUGAUCAGGUGAAGCGACUGGUUCUGCAAAAAGACGUUGAUCAAGAAUCUCUCCCUAAGCAGUGGUGGAAGGAAAACCACAGGAGCUCUUCUGUUCAAAGGCCGCAGGGCAAAGCGAAAAUGAAGAUCGAGGAGGAGGGCGGUGAGAAUCUUGAAGAGAAAAAACACAAGAAAAGACGGACCUUGCCAUGUGAAAUUGCAAACGCCGCAGAUGAUAACAAGAAAAAGACGAAAGCAAAAAAACAGGACUCGACAAUUAAAGAAGACGAGUCUUGGCAGGGAGGAGGAGGUGAGGUGCAAGAGAAGAAGACAAAGAAAAAGAAGAAGAAAUCAGUCACUGACUUUUUGAAUCACACAAAUGGUCUUGAUGUUAUGGAUGAAAACGACAAAAAAGUGAAGAAAAAUAAGCUAAAAAAGAAAGAGAUGACUGACAAGCAGGUGGGGACUGAACUGGGACCAGUAAAAGAAGAGGGAAAAAGUCCAAAGAAAAAGUUGAAGAAUCAAACCAAAGAUGCAAACAUUACAGUAGAGGAAGAUAAAGUGGCAAAGAAAGCCAAGAAAGAGAAAAGUGCGAUUAUUCAGACAAACACUACCGAAGUUGCAGAUGACAAAGGACUCAUCCAAAAGAAUGAGAAGAAGAAAACGGUACAAGAUGAGGGGACAAAGGUGAAACAUGAACAUGUUAAGGAGGAGGAAGAAGGAGAGAAGGUGCCAAAGAAAGGCAAGAAAGACAAAAAUGUGAGUGCGGAGGAGCAAAUGAAACACAAGACAAAGAGGAAAAAAGGCACUACUGAAAAGGAUGAAAUAACUGCAACAAAAAAGACAAAAAAAGUCCAGUUGGCUGAGCGUGCAGUUGCAUCACACACAGUAGACGGACAGGAGACCAAGGAGGUGAAGCAGAAGAAGAAAAAAAACAAGGCAGGUGGAAUCGAACCUGACGCUGAUGUUAAAGAGGAACCACAGGAGGAGGAAAAAGCUGCAAAGAAAAAGGAAACCAGGCUAACUCCAAAGACAAAAGCAGAAAAGGCUAAGAGAAAAUUCUCUGUGGUCAGCACAGAAGAAGACAUGCAAUCUACAAAGAAGAAGAAGAAGAAAGACAAAUUUGCGGAACCUACAUGUUUAGAGGUUGAAGACAAGGAACCGAGCAAGAAAAGCAAAAAGAAGAGCUCUGAACAAGAAGCGGCACAAAGAAAAAGUGCAAAAAAGAAAAUUAAAGAAGAGCUGGAAGAGCAUUUGGAUGCUCCUCAAGUGGAUGUGGUCUUCUUGUCGGCGAAGACUGGAAACACGGACGAGGUUACCAUCAACCAGGAAAGACGACAGGCUUUACAGAUGGAGAUUGACAAGGCCUCUCGGCCUGAACAAGCUAACCAACCUACAAAGUUUGGCCAGUGGGGCACCGCCCAGUUUGAAAGCUCCGAACAGCAGCACAGGUUCCUCAGAUUGAUGGGCGGCUUUAAGAAGAGCUUCCAGUCAGCUUCCACCACCACGGACACGGCAAAAACAAAUAUGGCACUCUGUAAGGAUGCGCAGGAGGGUUUACAGAAAGGACUCAUGGAGGAGUUUCAGCGUGCCCACACACGCAGAAUGGACUGUAACGUCAGAGGUGCAGGACUUGGGUUUAGUGCACCGUCCAAAAAGUUCUCUAUUGACAUCAAUGCAUGUCGGUCGGUCCGCUUUGACGACUGAGGACUGGUGUAUAUUAUCUUCUCAAUGUUGUUUUAAAUGUGUGCUCUCUUUUUACACGGAAGAAGUAGCCUGACUGUUAAUAAACAUACCGCACAACACGUUCUUUGUAUGACAGACACUUGACAAAUCCAACCAUUUCUAAAUGACAAUAUAACUUUUUCUCAGCAUAGGCACAUGCUAAUGGAUGUGGGCCUGUGAAUGGUCAAGUAUUCUAUACAAACGUGUAUGUCCAUGAUAGGUCUAUAACAUUAUGACAUUAAUGCUGUGUCAAAAGUCUCAACUAUUGAUUGAAUAUUUGUUCAAAUUUAACCUGGACAUUAGUUGUAUCAUUUAUAUAAUGGAUGCUGUACAUUAUCACAUACUACAGUAUUAAUUAUCCCUGUACCCUAGAAACCGCCCAUGAAUGAUACGGGAAAAGGCCGAAAUGAUACUGUGUCAAAGCCCAGGGCAGUGAUACUGAUAAAAUAUAGAGUUUAACCAUGUCCAGUAUCAGCCCACGUAGCUGUCCACUCAGAGCGCGCUGCUCUGGUAUCGUGCCCGUGAAACAACCAAUCAGAGAACAGCGCACGAGUGCUUAGUGCCUCGUGCUUCUCCAGUCAAAAAACCAAAAACCCCAAACUUGAUUAUUGGAACUUUAAUUGUCAGACAUUGAUAUAAGAUAUAAGACAUAAGAUAAGACUGUUGAUAAAAUAUUAUUGUUGCAAUAUUUUUGCAAUUAUUGUGUUUACACUGUUUAGAUAUAAUACAUUUAAUAAACUGAACAUUUUCUGGAAACAAAAUGGUCUUUUGAUUAAAUAGUACGUGAUAAUAAGCUCAUGAUUAAAUAGUAUGUGAUAAUAAGAUCAUCACAUGGUUUGUCUGGUAUCAGGCCAGGUAUCAUGCCCCCAAGUGUCAGUAUCAGACCGAGACCAACUUACUGAUGAGGGGGCAUGAUAACCUAUAAAUCUACAAUGCACAAACUUGGUAUUGCACCUAUGACAUG